UAGACACAAAAUCAACGAAAGAAAGAAAGAGGAGAGAAGAAACCAAACAACAACAAAACAGAAUAAACCAAGGGAAAGGAUUGUUUCCUUGAUGCUCAUCUCAUAUUUAUGGUAAAAGGAAAACUUCUAGAACUGUCCUUGUGGUCGGUACCAAAAGCCACAGUAACACAGUAACACAGUAACAAUUGCUUUGGUUGCAAAUCAAUGUCAUCAAACUGAGACUCAGAUCCAAACUGCAUCGGAAGUUAACUACCCCAUACCCAACAUCAUCUUGUUAAUUUUUAAUUUUUUGCCUUCUCUCUUUCUCUGACCUCGUAUUUGGAUUCAGCUUAAUUUGGUGUUUGUGUUCUGCCAGUGUGUCUGUAACGUUGAAAAAACACCAACAAAACCGCAUGUCGGGGAGUUUUGCUCAUCGCGUUGUUGGGGGGCUACUAGGUUUCCAUAGGUUGCAUUUUGUUAAUUGCAGCAUUCUCUUGAAGAUAAAAGGGAAGAGAAAAUGAGGAUGAGGAACAAAUACAGGAAACCAACAACUUUACGUUGCAAUGCAGGGAGCAGAUGUUCUACGUCUGUUGUGGUAUUGAGCUUGCUAGGAUGCCUUCUUUUGCUUCAUUUAUAUUCCAAUAUUCGUCAAGGAGAUGGAGAUGGUGGAGAGUCUCAAGUGCGUGUGGUUCAUCAUCCCCAAUUCCGUGAACUUCAAGAAGUGGAAGAGGAGAACAUUCAGAUUCCCCCACCAAAGGGAAAGAGGUCCCCUCGGGCUGCAAAACGCAGACCUAAACGGACAACCACACUGAUUGAGGAAUUCUUGGAUGAAAAUUCUCAACUGAGACAUGUGUUUUUUCCUGGUUACAAAAGAGCUAUAAAUCCAAUGCAGGCUGCUGAAAAUGAUAAUUAUUACUACUACCCUGGUAGACUUUGGUUGGAUACUGAUGGAAAUCCCAUUCAAGCCCAUGGAGGGGGUGUUCUGUAUGAUAAAAAAUCAAGGACAUACUAUUGGUAUGGUGAAUAUAAAGAUGGGCCCACCUACCAUGCUCAUAAGAAAGGAGCUGCUCGGGUGGACAUUAUUGGAGUUGGUUGCUAUUCUUCUAAGGAUUUGUGGACCUGGAAACAUGAGGGAAUUGUAUUGCCAGCAGAGGAAACAAAUGAAAUGCAUGAUCUGCACAAGUCUAAUGUGCUUGAGAGGCCAAAAGUGAUUUACAAUGAGAAGACUGGAAAGUAUGUGAUGUGGAUGCAUAUUGAUGAUGCCAACUAUACCAAAGCGGCUGUUGGCGUAGCAAUCAGUGAUGCACCUGAUGGUCCUUUUGAUUAUCUCGGUAGCCAAAGACCCCAUGGAUAUGAAAGCAGGGAUAUGACAGUUUUCAAAGAUGAUGAUGGUGUGGCAUAUCUAAUCUACUCCUCUGAAGACAAUAGUGAACUGCACAUUGGACCCCUUACCUUAGACUAUGUCAACGUGACAUCUGUCAUGAGAAGGAUUCUUGUGGGACAGCACAGAGAAGCACCAGCUUUGUUCAAGCAUCAGGGUACAUAUUACAUGAUCACAUCGGGCUGCACAGGAUGGGCCCCAAAUGAGGCACUGGCUCAUGCAGCUGAGUCAAUCAUGGGGCCUUGGGAAACAAUGGGAAAUCCAUGCCUCGGAGGAAAUAAAAUGUUUCGGCUUACAACAUUCUUUGCUCAGAGCACUUUUGUGCUUCCUCUACCUGGCUUCCCAGGUUUAUUUGUUUUCAUGGCAGAUCGGUGGAAUCCAGCUGACUUAAGGGACUCAAGAUAUGUAUGGUUGCCUUUGAUAGUGGCAGGACCUGCUGAUCAGCCUCUGGAGUACAGUUUUGAAUUCCCAUUGUGGUCAAGAGUGUCUAUCUAUUGGCAUAGAAAGUGGAAACUGCCUCAGGUUUGGAACGGUUUGAAAUGAUGUAGAUUCUCUUUGUAGAUUUGUGGUCAUAUACAAAGUCUCGGUAUAUAUCUUACCGUGUUGCAUGUCUUGCAUGCACUUGUUGGAAAGUUCGUGGAGUGCUUGAGGAAUCAGACAUAGAAACUUUUUAAGUCUCAAUAACAUGCAGUGGACUUGAAACCUCUUAAAUUUAGGGGAAGUUGAGAUUAAUUUGAGGGAGCUUAUGUAUAUUGAGAAAGAUUAUUCACAUAAUUCGAGUUUUGCUAAUAAUUCAGUAUUGUUGAUUAGUUGUGUCGCGACAUUAUGUGUAAUUAGUUAUGUAAAUGAUUCUUUCAUAUGUGUA